CCAACCACGUUUGCACUUUCGGUCGUAUAAAUACGAACAGCAAUCUCAUAUAAUUCAAAGCAUAACACAUUUCUUCGCUGUCUAUACUAGUCACAAAUUUUAGGGACUGAAUCAGUUAAUCAGAUAAAAAAUGAAACUUUUCUGUUGCUCUCUGCUAAUAGUCGCACUGUCAUGUGCUAGUGGAAGUUAUAUUCCAUCUAGCCGACACGUGAGAGAUUCGGGUGGAAGUGGCAGUGCAGCUUCUGCUGGUGCUCAAUCAGCUAGCGGCGGCGGCGGCGGUUUUGGAGGUCAUGGUGGAUUUGGAUUCCCAAUUCAACCAGGUUUUCCUCCGAUGCCACAAUUCGGUCCCCAUGGCCAGUUCCCACAAUUUGGCGGUGGUCAUGGAUUCUCCAGUUCUGGAAGCAGUGCGUCAUCCAGUUCAUUUUCUAGUGGCGGCCACGGUGGAGCGAAAUCUGGAUCUCAAUCGGGAUCUCAAUCGUUCUCGUCUGGCGGUGGUCAUGGUGGACAUACUGGUUCUGGAUCUAGUGCUGGUUCGCAGUCAUUCUCUUCCGGUGGUGGUGGUGGUCAUGGUGGUGAACAUGGGGGUCACGGAGGCUUUGGAGCUCAAACCGGUUCUGGCUCUAAUGCUGGAUCUCAAACAUUCUCUACCGGUGGAGGUCACGGAGGUCAUGGGGGUCACGGAGCUCAGACUGGCUCAGGAUCCAAUGCAGGAUCUCAAUCAUUUUCCGCUGGUGGUGAACACGGAGGUCAUGGGGGUCAUGGAGGUCACGGAGGUCAUACAGGCUCGGGUUCCAAUGCUGGAUCACAAUCGUUUUCCGCUGGUGGCGGUCAUGAAGGUCACGGAGGUCAUACCGGAUCGGGAUCGAAUGCAGGAUCACAGUCAUUUUCAGCUGGUGGCGGUCACGGAGGUCACGGAGGCCACGGAAGUCAUACCGGCUCAGAAUCCAAUGCUGGAUCACAGUCAUUUUCAUCUGGCGGAAUUCAAGGAGGCCAUUUAGGAUCAGGUCAUCUAGGAGAAGCAGGACAAGGAACAGGUUCAACUAGUGGAGCGGGAACUCAAUCCUUCGGAUCCGAGCAUGGUGGCCAUGACGGACAUGGUGGUCAUGGCGGACAUGGUGGCCAUGGAAGCUCUGGAAGUGGUGCCCAGGCUGGAUCACAGUCGUUCGGGCAAAACCUUGGUGGGCACGGUGGCUAUGGAGGUCAUGGACAGCCCUCGUUCGGUCCAGGUGGUCACAAGACUGAAUAUUUUAAUAAAGGCGAUGGAUUCGGUGUCAGAAUUAGCGCAGAUGAAUCGUCUGAUGGAAGUGCCAAGAAGACUGAAAGCGAAGCCUGGGUGUGGAAAAAUUGAAAUGAGUAAUAAAAUAUAAGAAAUAUUCCCCAUAAA